CGGUUUCGUUUGAACUAGUUCCGACCAGGCUUUGAACAAAACAAAAAUUACCUAGAAAAUAGUGCAAUACGAAUAUUAUUCCGAAACUCCUAUUCGCACUAUGCAUACCCUGUACGCGCUGCUCAAAAACAAGCUAAGCGAUGUGCAUCCGCUGCACAACAUCGAUCUGGAGCGGGAUGUGGCCUAUUUGAAGGCGGUGGUGACCAAGGAGAUGGACCUGCAAUUCGACGCAAGUGAACUGGAGAUCAUCCAUCAAGGACUGGUGCUAGAGGAUGCGGACACCCUUAGCCGGACACUGCAGCCUAACUCCGUUAUCCAUUGCUUCCAAAAGAUUAAACGCUACACACCAUAUGUGCCACCAGCGGCCACAGAGAUCAACACGAAGCACAUCCAGGAGCUGUUUUCGCUGACUUCGCACCUGCAGAUCAGCGUAACUUCUCGGUUUAACAUAUUGCAAAAGAUACUCGCGGAGUAUCCGGAAUUCAGACGCAAUCUGGGUGCCCAGGCCCUGAUCCGCGACUCUGUGCUGUUUAACAUGCUGCACGAGCCUGAGGUUGUCCAGAAUUUGGUCAAGGAUUACCCACUCAUUUGCGAGGCAGCUCCGUUUAUUGUGGACACCAUUCGGAAGGAACUGGCCAGAAACAGCUCAGCCACUCAAUUUCAAGAACAGGCUGCGUCGGAGUCGACUACUUCAUCAGAGGAAGAGAACUCUCUGGGCGCUGGCAGCAGCAGCAGUGGUGGAAGCAGCAGCACCGCUGUGGCAGCUGCCGCGGCCGCCAACCGUCGGGAUGAGAUGGCCAACAUCCGGCAGAUCAGCCGCCAGCAACUUGCCAAUGCCCUGGCCAACGUCACCUCGUUCAACUCACUCUCGAAUAUAGCCCAGAGAAAUGCGGACGAGGCACUGCAGGGUGAUGACAGACCACGCACCACUUCGGUGCCAUUAACAGGUGUUGGAGCUGCAGCAGGAACCGGACCAGGAAACAGCAGUGGAGCCAGUACCAGCGGCUCCAUUUCGUCAGAAUUGUUCCGAAAUGAGCUGGCCCGCGCUUUUCAAUCCCUAGCUCAGCAGCAACCCCCUCCUGUGGAGAACAUGGAAGUAGAGUCCGGUGGAGCUUCAGUCCCAGAGGCAGUAAGCGCACCAUCUACGGAUGAUGUGGAUGACGAAGACAACGCUGGUGACGACAGUGAUGUGUUACCUCGCUGUUAUCGCCGACAUCGGUUCACCGAGCAACUGCGCACCAUGGCCGCAAUGGGCUUCAUCAAUCACACUCAAAAUGUUGACUAUCUUGACCUUUCCGAUGGAAAUGUCGAACACGCCAUUAAUCUUCUGAUGCUGGGUAUGAACUGAGAGGGAUAUGGAUUGACUAAAGAGCCAACCAACUAUGCUUAAUAUACGGACUUAUAUUUAUUCUGCUGCUGAGGAUUCUGAAGCAUUCAACUCCCAACUUAAGCAAGGAAUAUCUCACAAGAAAUUGUAAUAAUUAAAAAUACAUUUAGAGGA